UGCCGACUCGCCCUCGCCUCCAGAAGCAGGCGCUCUGGACGAGAGCGUGAGAGUCAACAUGGACAAUGGAGCAGACGCAGACCUAGGUGCUCUUGUCGAACCCGAGCCUGAACCCGAGCACGAAGCCGAACCCAAACCCGAACCCGAGCACGAAGCCGGGCACGAAGCCGAACCCAAACCCGAACCCGAGCAAGAAGCCGAGCACAAAGCCGAACCCAAGCCCGACACGGCGCCUGCCGACACCAACAACUCGCCCGCAAAACACAAGUCCAAAGCCAAGUCCAAGUCCAAGCCCAAGGCCAAGUCCAAGUCCAAGCCCAAGUCCAAGGCUAGCAAUGGCGACAAGCCAUCGAUCAAGUCCUCGCCCGAGCUGCGGGCGGGAUACCCGGCUGGGGCAUCGCCGAUUCUGACGCCGACGGCGAUGGCGUCGGGCGGGUACCUGACGUCGACUGACACUCAUGCGCUGGGCAUGGUGUACGCCGACCCAGGCGGAGCAAUGGCGGUCAUUGCGCCGCGACUCGAGGCGCACAUGCCGUUCCGCAACGUCAUCUGCACCUCCAUCGACAACAAGUCGGGCAUGUACAUCGGCUCCGUGUCGGUGACGCUCUCGCGCGAGACGCCCGACCUCGACGGUGGGCGCAACUCGCUCUCGCAGUACUGGCACCUCCUCCCGGUCCUCCGCAUCUUUGUGCUGACCUGUGAGACGGCUGAUACGUACAAGCGCGACCACCGGCAAGAGCUCAAGUCGUGGCUCACCCGCGUCGCAGCGCUCCCAGUUCCGGCCCACUGGCUCGUCCUGCACUCACUCACCUCCAAGAUCAAGUCGGACCUCGCACCAUUCGUGCCGAAGACCUCUGGCGGGCCUCGGCUGGUCCAGCUCGUGCUCGAUGCCCAUGAGCGUGAGUGGCUCGACCGGGCUCGCGGUGCUCCGCAAGGUUCGCGCCCGUCGCCGCUCGCUUCGCCGCCUAAUGCCCGCAAGUACGAGGAGCUCACCACCGAGCUCGCCGCCGGCCUCAUGGCCGGCUUCAACGCCCGCAUUCUCGCCUUUCGCGCCGAGAUCAGCCACAUCACCGCGUCCAUCGGGCCCGGUUGGAACUACUGUCGGUUUUUUGUGGUCAAAGAGGGCCUCGCGCUCCUCUACGAGCAGGCCUCGCUUCACAUCAAGGCGCUGGAGAUUUACGAGCAUCUCAGUGGCAUGCAUCGCUCCGGUGAGGUCCCGCACACUCCGGGCGUUCUGGACACCUUUGGCACUGUCGACUUUGACCUUGCUGCCCAGCUGUUUACCCUUUCGGCGCUCCCCUACCGCGGCCUCAUGUUCGAGUCCAAGAUCUCACUCCUCGAGUUUCAUGUCUAUGUCACCGGACGCCGUGUCGCGCUCCUUGCUUCCCUCGGCUACACCGACCAAAUGGCCGAUGUGGCGCUUGCGUUUCUCUCCGGCGUCGUUCCGCAAGUCCGUUCGCUUCCGGCGUCGUCGUGGAUUCUCCGCGGCGUCCCGCUGCCGGCUUCACCGGACGCGCCGUUUCUCAGCCCGCUCGCCCUUGUCGAGGCCUGGCAGGCACUUGCCGCUCUGGGUCUUUUACCGAUCCUGGAAGCAGCAGCCGGGCUCGCCGAUGAGCCUGACGCACCGCAGCCGCUCGAGCACCGGCUCAUUGCAGUGCGGCUGGUUUCGUACGCUGCGGCCCACCUCGGCGCCUUUGGUGCCGCCAUCGGUGCCCUGCCGUACACCUCGUUUGAAGCUGCGCUUCGCUCGGCGCCCGCAGAUUCAGCUCAGGUCUGGACGCUCCCGCGCCAGUUUGAGACUUCGGGCCUCACGCAGACCGAGCCGACCGCCCUCUACGAGGUCGCGUCGCUCUCGGCGCUCGAGCUGCGCGACGCCUUUUACGUGGCGUACAACAUUCUCCUCGCUCAUCUCGUUGCGGUCCAUGACGAUGCUGGGCGGAGCCGGACGGCUGCACUCUUCCGCGCCGAGCUUGGCUACGUAGCGCUGGUCCGCGGCGACUACGCCGCGGCCGCUGGCCUCCUCGCCGGCAUUUGCGACAUCUACCACCACGAGCGCUGGCCGUCGCUCUACGGCAUGGCCAUGCUGCAGCUAGCGGCGACGCAGCGGGCGGCCCUGGCAGGCGUGGCAGCUGCCGGCUCAGCCCCGCCUCCAGAGCUAGUCACCGCCCAUGCCACCACCCUCAUCCGAGUGCUUUCGGCGCGCGAUGUGACGCUCCCGUCAGCCUCGCUCGCAAAUUCGCUUGCGUCCGAACUGGUGGCGCUCGCACCCCACGCCGCGCUGUCGCUCGACGCCAGCGCAGUCCUCGGCGCCCGCCUCAGUCUGGCCGGUGCCGCGCUCCAGGUUGCCCGCGGCGCAAAUCUCUCCGAGCUACCUCUCGGUGCACCGUUUGAGCUCGAGCUCUCGUUCGACUCGGCGCUGGCAGCGCCACUCCCAGUCGUGAGUCUCGUCCUGCAGCUGGUCCCGGUGCUAGGCGACGACAAUGGGCGCGGUUGCGAAAAUGGGGAGGUUUUCGAGCUGACGCUCACGCCCGAGCCUGGUGCCACGAGCAACGACCGCUUUUUCUUUGCCGGCGCCGAUGGCUUCCCGAGUCUCGGACCGUGGGCCGUGGCCCGGAUCGAAGCGACCGUUGCCGACGCCCUGGUUCUUGUCCCGCUUGUGCCCGAGCAGGCGCUUGUUCAUGUGGCAGCGCGCGAGGCGCCGUGGACAGUGGUGCUUGAGCACGGCGCGCCGGCGCAUCGCGACACAGCAUCGGAGCUUGUAUUGGCCAUUGCACCGACACCUGUCACGCUCGUCGAUCCGCGGACGCUCGCAGAGGUGACCAUCCGGAUCGAGAUUGCUCCACAUAGGCCUGCAGGCGCCGGUCCGGUUCUUGUCAUCGACUCGGGCCGCGAGCCAGCGCUGAGCGGCAGCGAGCAUGCCCAGCUCCGCCAGUGCGAGGAUGUGGUUGUCGAGUGGGUGCUGAGCCGUGUGUUGACCGAACACAGCUGGGAGGUUCGGGUGCCUGUGAUGGGCAUCGACGUCGGCACUGUGGUUGUCGGCGUCGAGGUGCAGUGCGCCGCAUACGCGGCGGCAAGCUCGAUGGUGGUUGACGUGGCGCCGCUGCUGGCGCCGAGCCUCUCGCUUCUGCCGGGCCGCGAGGACGGGCGGUGGUAUGCCCAGCUCAAGCUGACGAACAUCGCCCCACACGACAUCGACGUGGCCGACAUUGAUCUGACGGCAAACGUGGGAUCGGUGAGCGUGAACCGCGCAUCGCGGUGUGGGUCGCGGUCGGCGCUGCUCGGACGCGGACGGACGGUCGGUGCGCUGUUUGACGUGCAGCUAGUGGGUGAGAAGAGCGUGGAGACGGUGGCGGACGUUGUGGUCGGCGUCGGCGGCGUCGGAGUGUGGCGCGAGCGCGUCCCGCUUGUUCUUGCUGUUCCGCGGCUGGAAGUCGAGUUUGUGCUCGAGCGUGGCCUGGUGGCCAACGUCUUUACAACAGCGCGGACGCGGCUGCGGCGGAUCGACGGCAAGCUGGAGAGUGUCGAGCUGCGGCUGACGCUGGCGGUCGACAGCUCGGCGUGGUUAGUGGCCGGCAAGACAAGCCAGGUGCUGCAGGUCGGGAGUGAGUGGCGCGAGGUUGUGGUCCGAGUUAUGCCGCUGCGGGCAGGCCAGCUGCCGAUGCCUCAAGCAAGUGUCAACAUCAGCGCGGCUAGCGAGUGGCCGGUGGCGUACCCGCCGCGUGGCGCCACCAUCCGCAUCCUGCCGCCACUGGAGAUGCUCGCCCCGGCGCUGCCGGACCACAUGAUGGGUUAACCCUUAGCGGUACGGUCGUUCGGACGCGUUGUCGCGCGUCUCAAAGUGAACAACUCGAUGAUGCUUGACUUCCCAGUCACCGGCCGAC